UCCCUCGAUCAACAACCCCGAAAACGCUGCAGAGAUGCCGGUUGCUCUUCAGUUCAUUCUGACGACUCUGCUUGACAUGCCUGACAUGCGCUGCAGUGUAUAAAGGGAGGAGCAUGGCCAGCUCCUCAUCUUCAGGUCCCCGGUAAACAACACUCUACAGUCCUUUCUUCCACUCGUCUACAGGUUUAGUCAUGAAGAGCAUCGCUGCUGCUUCCUUGAUCUUUGUGGCCAGUGUCGCCGCUGACCGUACCUUCACGGUCGUCAACAACUGUGACUACACUGUUUGGCCUGCUUAUUUCACCGGCGCAGGCACAUCAGCCCCAACCUACCCCACUGGUUGGGAAGCGGCAGCAGGUACUUCAGUGAGCUUCACAGUCCCGGGUGACUGGAACUCAGGCCGCAUUUGGGGUCGCCGGGAUUGUGACUUCUCUUCUUCGACUGAUCCGUCCACCUCUUGCGCGGACGGAGGCUGCAACGGCGGUCUCGAGUGCGCCAAAGUUGGCGGUACUGGCGUUCCGCCCGCGACUGUCGCCGAGUUCACGCUCGGGGCUGACGGCACGGACAACUACGAUGUCUCCCUCGUGGAUGGUUUCAACAUCCCCAUGACCAUCACCAACACCGUCAACUGCGCGGUCGCGAGCUGCCCCGUCGACCUGAACGCGAAUUGUCCCAGUGAUAUCAAGGGCCCGUACGACUCCACCGGUGCCGCCGUCGGCUGCAAGAGUGCCUGCGAAGCGAACCUCGACGGCAACCAGGCGGACUCGGGGAACUGCUGCUCGGGCAGCCACAACACUCCUGCGACUUGCCCGAACUCAGGCGUCCAGUACUACUCCUACUUCAAGGACAACUGCCCGGACUCAUACGCGUACGCGUACGACGAGAGCAGCGGCACGGCGCUCUGGACCUGCCAGUCCAGCCUCGCCGCGGACUACACCGUCACCUUCUGCCCGUCCUCCUCGACGACGAAGAAGCGCGGCGUGCACGUCCUCGACCGCUCCUUCAACGUCACCCGCUCCUUGCUCGCGUAAAAGCGAGCGCCCGGGAUGUCCUCUGCGCGCGUCGCAACGACCCAUACCCAUUGCUAAUUCCUUUCAGUGUCGUAGACACUGCGAUCUUGGUACCGGGCUCUUGCACCUUUCACACUCCUUGUAUAACGUGGUCUUUUCGCGCGGGCUUCUUUUCAAGCAUGUAAAAGUUAUCAGUGUAUUUAAAUU